CCGCUAUUUGCUUUGCUUCAGUGCACCUGGACAAAGCAUACAGAUAGGAAGAUGGGCUCCGCUCGGUACACGACGUCAAUUCUGGUGGUGCUGUUGUCAGCUUUUAUUUACAGCAGGUGGCCACUCUUACAGCUGUUCUACACAAAUCACCCUUCCAGACUUCUUCAGGUGAACACAGUCGGCGACUAUGACAUCAAAUUCCGCGAUAUCAUUCGCAACUGCGAAGAUAUCUACCUGAAUGAAAAACAAGGAUGGGCACUUCUCAGUUGUGACCCAGGCAGAGACCAGUGGAAUACUGUCAUGGGAGUGCUCGUGAAUCCUGAAACUCCUCCUGAGACAGGUCUCUAUCUGUACAAGUACGGCGAAGGCAGCGACGCAGUUCCCGUCAAAGUGCAACUCGAAACACCUGAGGCACAUGACAAAACCUUUCACCCGCUUAGUAUUGAGUAUCACGAGGCCAGUCAAACGCUGUACAUCAUCAACCAUUCUCCGGAUGGACCCAGCGUGGAAUGGUACACUCUGGACACUGAGCAAGUAGUGGCAAAGUACGAAGGCUUUGCACAAAACUCGACCUUUCUUCCUUCACCAAACUCCAUGGUUGCGAUUAGCAAGGACGAGCUUUUCUUGACCAACGAUCACUUAUUUCCUGCCAAAUACAACUUACUGUUGGCCAAACUGGAGACGUACGCUGGCUUUCCAGGAGGUUCCGUGGCGUACGUCAAACGUAACAACGAUGGAAGCACAUCUGUGAAGACUUUGGCUCGAAUUCCUUUCGCCAAUGGAAUUGCUCUGCUCAACGCGAGUGCGCUGGCCGUGGCAAGCUCAAGCACUGCAAAUGUGCGCAUCUUCAGCAUCACUUGGGCCGCCGAUGGGAUACCGGAGUUAUCGCAAACGUCAUCGAUUUCAGUUCCAUUUGCGCCAGACAAUCUUAGCUCGGACAGCAAAGGCAAGCUUUUGAUCGCAGGCCACCCUCAUGCUCCCAGUCUGGAACAAGUGGCGAAGAAGAAUCGUUUUUGUCAAGGAACUGAAAGUGCAGCUGGCGAGGAUUGCAGCAGCUUACAAAAGCUGAGCUGGGUUGCUGAGUGGACUGAAGAAACAGGUCUCACAACUUUGUUCUCAGGCAGUGAAUUUGGAACAUCAACCACCGCAGUCCGAGACUGGCAAGCAGGUGUCGGAUUCGUCGUAGGCCUCUACGAGCGUGGUCUGCUCGCAUGGAAAUUAUGAUAGAGAUAGCGGGCCGGUUAGACCUUGGCAGCGUGGAAGGAAUUUGUGCGAAGGAGUCUUCUUCUCAUCUUGAAAUCCAAAUUUAUCUUCUGCACCCUGC